AUGGACGAAGAAGAAAUCGAGAAAGCGGUGUUAGCUUACCUGAAGAAGAAGGGUUUUAAGCAAACGGAAUUGGCCUUACAAGAAGAGCAGCAACUGCGCGACAAAAACAACUCUCCUUCCACAGAUCCUGAUAUUGCCAAACAUAUCCUCGCAUUAUCCGAUGCAGAAAAUGUUCCUGCUCAGUACCAAGAAGGAUAUAGCAAACUUAGGUCAUGGGCCUAUACUUCAUUGGAUCUAUACAAGCACGAGUUGCUUCGUGUAUUGUACCCAGUAUUUAUCCAUUGUUUUAUGGAUCUCGUUGCAAAAGGUCAUAUUCAGGAAGCUCGAGCUUUUUUCAAUGGCUUCAGAGAAGACCAUGAGAUGAUGCAUUCACGUGACCUCCAAAAAUUAGAAGGCGUUCUUUCACCCUCACAUCUGGAGGAAAUGGAAUUUGCUCAUUCUCUAAGACAGAGCAAAGUGAGCAUUAAGAUUUGUCAGUACUCUUAUGAUCUUCUGAUACAAUACUUACACAAGACUCAAUCAAUUACAAUGCUCGGGAUCAUCAAUGAGCGUAUUAAUUUCCAGGUUUCACCUGGUCAACCAAGCUCAAUUUCUGAUGAUGCUGAAGUUUUCACACUUGUCGGGAGUGGUCAUGAUGCUGCUAAUCUGGUUAAUCAGAAAGAAAUACAUUGGGGGUUGCUUGAAGAUUCCUUAGGAGAAAGGUUGGAGAAGGCAGGAGGUCGGAUUACGGAUUCAGAUAAAGCUGAUGGAGAAGUGAAAGACGGGGAAUUGGAAGAAAAUAAGAAAAGAUCAGUUGAUGGUGGAAAAGGAGGCUCCACGCAGAAAAAGUUGAAAAAGGACAAGGUUGUUGCUGCAACAGGAAAAGCUUCUCGAUCAGAGAGCAGCACUGCAACUGGAGCACCACGUGUAAAACCAGAGUUAACCUUGCCAAUAAUACCUACAGAGGUGGAACAUUCUAUUCUUGAGGACCUGAGGAAUCGGGUGCAGUUGAGUAGUAUGACAUUGCCUUCUAUUAGCUUCUACACCUUUAUCAACACACAUAAUGGGUUAAACUGUGCAUCGAUAUCUCAUGAUGGGUCACUGGUUGCUGGCGGAUUUUCAGACUCAUCGUUAAAGGUUUGGGACAUGGCAAAGCUUGGGCAGCAAACUGGCAAUUCUUCUUUGCAGGGAGAAAAUGAGUUGGCUUCUAAUGAGAAUAUACUUAAUGCAAAUGCAAGGGGAAGAUCUUAUACAUUAUUUCGGGGUCACUCUGGACCUGUUUAUUCCGCCACUUUUAGUCCAUUUGGAGAAUUUCUUCUCUCUUCUUCAUCAGAUUCAACUAUUCGAUUAUGGAGCACAAAACUGAAUGCAAAUCUUGUAUGCUACAAGGGUCAUAACUAUCCUGUGUGGGACGUUCAGUUUAGUCCACUAGGACACUAUUUUGCAAGUGCUUCACAUGAUCGAACGGCGAGGAUCUGGUCUAUGGACAGAAUACAGCCUUUAAGAAUAAUGGCAGGUCACUUGUCUGAUGUAGAUUGUGUGCAAUGGCAUGCGAACUGCAACUACGUUGCAACUGGAUCCAGUGACAAAACUGUGCGCUUGUGGGAUGUUCAUAGUGGGGAAUGCGUUAGAAUUUUCAUUGGUCAUAGAAGUAUGAUCCUAUCCUUGGCAAUGUCACCUGAUGGUCGUUACAUGGCAUCUGGUGAUGAAGAUGGUAAGAUCAUGAUGUGGGAUCUUGCAAGCGGACGUUGUAUUUCCCCUUUGGUUGGUCACUCCUCCUGCGUAUGGUCUCUUUCUUUCAGUUGUGAAGGUUCACUUCUUGCAUCGGGUUCUGCUGAUAGCACUGUGAAAAUAUGGGAUGUAACCAAGAGCUCAAAGGUGUCAAAAACUGAAGAAAACAAAAAUGGAAACACGAACAGACUCAGAUCCUUGAAGACCUUGCCCACCAAAUCGACUCCAGUCUACGCUUUGCAGUUCUCUCGAAGGAAUCUACUAUUCGCGGCUGGGGCUCUCACCAAAGUUGCAUGA